GUCUCGGAGCGUCGUUUCUGUGACAGGGGACCUCUGCCCAAGGAACAGGGACAACAUGCGCCAGCUCGAAGCACCGGAGCGGUGCAGCCCCGGUGCCCCCUGCACCCACCGCCCCUGCCCCGGUGCCCUCCUGCCGCCGGGGCUGCCCGGCAGGAGGUGCCGCAGAGGCGGGGGGUGAAGGCAGGACGGGCUCCGCGGCCCCUCCGCCCGGUGCUCCUCUCCUGCCGCAGAGGAGGAGGCUCGGCCGCCGCCAGCACCGGCACCGAGCGGUCCGCGGGGAGCCGAGCCGCGGGCGGCAUGGAGUGGGAGCUCAACCUGCUCCUCUACCUGGCGCUGUUCCUGCUGCUGCUGCUGCUGCUGCUGCUCCUGCUGUGCCUACUCCUCCGGCAGCUGCGGGGCUCGGCGGGAGCAGCCCCGCGCCUCCUCCCGCCACCCCGGCAGCCUUGGGCUGAGUGCCGGGAGCCGGGAGCUGGGAGCCGCCCGCCGCUGCCGCCGCCUCGGGCCGCCCCCAGGUGUUUGCAGCUCUGUGUUAAGGAAGAAUUGGAAGUGCACUGUGCCAGCAGGAGCCCUGGGAAGCAGGUUGUUACAUCCUGGUUCACGUUCGCUAAGAAACAAAGCACUAAUGCCACCCUUCCGGGGCAUCACAGAAAAGGAGGAGAAAGCCGGCACGCAGCCGGUGGUACCCGGCCUGCAGGCGGCCCCGGGAGGCGGCCGAGGCUCGCUGGGCGCCUGGGGUGGGGCUGGCCCGGCCCCCGGGUGAGGCAAGAGCGGCGGGGCCGCAACGGGACCUCCUCCCUCUCGGCUCCAGCCUCUCUCGGUGCCUCUCUCGGAGCCUAUCUUGGUGCCUGUCUCUGGAGACUCGAACUCGGCCCCACCCGGAGGAUCCCAGAAAUGGCGAAGUACACGAGAGGCACCGUGACAGCCUUCGCUCCUUUUGAUGCCAGAGCUGAUGCAGAAUCCCUUCGUAAGGCCAUGAAGGGAAUGGGGACUGAUGAAGAAACCGUGCUGACAAUCCUCACCACCAGAAACAAUGCUCAGCGUCAAGAAAUAGCCUCUGCCUUUAAAACCUUAUUUGGCAGGGAUCUCGUGGAUGACCUGAAAUCAGAACUUACUGGCAAGUUUGAAGCCUUGAUGGUGUCUCUGAUGAGACCAGCGUAUAUUUUUGAUGCUCAUGCACUGAAGCAUGCCAUCAAGGGAGCAGGAACCAAUGAGAAAGUGUUGACUGAAAUUCUUGCCUCCAGAACACCUGCAGAGGUGCAGAAUAUUAAACAAGUUUAUCAGCAAGAGUAUGAAGCCAGCCUGGAGGAUAAGAUCACAGGAGAAACAUCAGGCCAUUUCCAGAGGCUACUGGUGGUGCUGCUGCAGGCGAACAGAGAUCCUGAUGUUGGAGUUGAUGAGGCUCUUGUUGAGCAGGAUGCACAGGUUUUGUUCAGAGCUGGGGAGCUGAAAUGGGGAACAGAUGAGGAAAAGUUCAUCACUAUCUUGGGAACCCGCAGCGUUUCCCACUUGAGGAGGGUGUUUGACAAGUACAUGACCAUUUCUGGCUUCCAGAUUGAAGAGACCAUUGACCGGGAGACCUCUGGUGAUUUGGAAAAGCUGCUUCUGGCAGUGGUGAAAUGCAUCCGAAGUGUGCCUGCCUAUUUUGCUGAGACCCUGUAUUAUUCCAUGAAGGGGGCUGGCACUGAUGAUGACACCCUGAUCAGAGUCAUGGUUUCAAGAAGUGAAGUUGAUCUGCUGGAUAUUAGACAAGAAUUCAGAAAGAAUUUCGCUAAAUCCUUGUAUCAAAUGAUUCAGAAAGACACAUCUGGGGACUACAGGAAAGCGCUGCUGCUCCUCUGCGGCGGAGACGACUGACCUGAUGGGCAGGGGACACCCAGCACUUGUUGUACUCCAGCUUUGCAGGCCUUUAUUAGCAUGUCUGCCUGAGGUUUUGUAUCUUAAUGCUUUGUGGCUGCUUGAAUUUAUACUAGGAAUUGCACGUAGUAAAAAGAAGUGUAUUGUUAUCCCUCUUCUUCCCCACAUCCAAACUUCCAGGAAUUUCAAGUGCCUUUCUGUCAUCUGUGAGACUCACCUUCAUGGAAGGUGGGUGCUGAACACAGAACCCAGUUCUUUACAGGUGUUUUGCUGAAAUAGGAAAAAAUAAUCAUGUAUUUCACAAUAAACUCAAGAUUAUUCUUUUUUGCUUUUAUUCCUUAUGUUUCCACUUGAAUGUUAAGCUAGUUCUAACAUGACAAGGAAAUCCUUUGUAUGUAAUAUUUGAAUGAAUUUGCUGAACGUAUUACAAGUAAUCAUUGGAAAUCUAAAGGACCAAUAAAUCCUUUCCCCUCUCA